AUGAAGAAGACUGAUGCUAGGUCUUCAGGUACAAAGGUUACGACAUCAAAGAGUACGAAGCAGGUUCCUGUGAUCGAACCUGAGCCAAUUCAGCCGGAACCUAUUAUUCCAGAUACCCAGGAAACUAAAAAAGAAGUCGUUCUUUUGAAGACUGGUGUAUUGAGACAAAUCAAGAUGAAGUCGAAGCACAAGCGUCAAUCAUCUAGUAUGCAUGUUGUUCAAGAGGGUGAAUCUGUUCCUGAGGCAUAUGAGAUGGUUUUGAUUAAAGAUUCUUCUCGUGUGGAUACAUCUGUUAUUACACCGCCCGAAGUUUUGAUUGCCAAGAUAGUUAUUGUGGAGGCUCGAACUUCAGGCAUCCCUGUAAACAUAUCUGAUAUGGAUACAAAUAUCAUCAUGGGUGAGGACGAUUUGAAUAAAGCAACAAAGGAUGAGGAACAUUCGAAGGAAAAGGUAUUGUCCAAAGAUGACAACAUUCCUCGAAUUGUAGUUGAUCAGGUGUAUGGUGAUACACAGCAGUAUGAAAAAGUGAUGAAAGAACAAGAUUAUGCUGCAAAUGAUGAAAUCAAUGCUCCUGAUAAUCAUGUCAGUGAAGUUUCAAAACUAACUGAUGACUCAACUUCAUCUCCUCAAGAAAUAGGCGAAAGUAUGCAUAAUGAUCCAAUGGAGGGGGAGCACUUGGAGUUAAACACUCUAAUUGAGAGGGAGCAUUCUUUCAAGGGGGAAUGA